AUGGCCCUAGCCGACUCCCAGCCACGGCGCCGCGCCGGCCUCCAAGACAUCGAAGUCAUCGACACCGCCACCGCGCUCCUCCGCCCCAGCAACCCGCGCCAGCGCCCCGUCCCGGACCGCAUCGUCCGCCUGGGCGUCGGCAUGAGCGGCGGUGGCUCCAGCAGCAGCAGUCCAUGGCGCCUGGCCGGGCUGACGCACCACCGCGCCACGCCGUUCGACCUGGACACGCACCUCUGGCUGCUGCGGCACGGCGAGCCGGACCGGUGGUACGCGCGGCCCACGACGGCCGAGCUGGAGCGCCUGAGCCAGCUCGAAGCAGUCAGUGGCAACAGCAGUGGCAACCCGGCCGUCAAGGAGCUGGUCUCGCUCCUCUUUGCCCAGCUCGCCAGCAAGCCGGCAGGCGGCCUGAUGACCACCGCUGCUGCCGCCACCAACCAGUUGCCCGGCAGCAGUGCAACAGUCCGUCCCGCAUCCGCGGACGUGGUUCGCGUCUGGGCCGGGGCGGUGCUGGGCGCCGCGACCCCUGAUGGCGCUGAUGGGCAGCAGCAGCAGGACCCUUGCUGGUGUUUCCCCCUGGGCGAAGGGCCUGCGGACGCUCACUGCGCCGCCGGCGCUGACCGGUGCGACGUGCGCAAUAAGCACCGCAUCGCGGAUGCCUACCUCAAAUACUACAUGGUCACGGAGGCGCCGAGGGCAGUGGAAAACGAGGCGGCGUCAGGGCAGCAGGGGGCCGGGUGGGACCGCUUUCCGUUGCCACCACCACCACCGCCAGGAAGGGUGACCGGCGGUGUCAGGGGUGUCAGCGACGAGAAGGUCUAUAGGGUUGAGAUUGCGGGAAGUAGGGAGGCCUGCUUGGCGCGGGCGUAUCAUAACGCGGCGCUGUAUGGAUGGAGUACCGUCUUCUGUUGCGUUGUGCAGGGAGGGAAGGAGCCCAGUCGGGCGAAGCCGGGUCUGGAGGGCUUCGAACGGGUGCGUGGGCUUGGAGCACUGGUGGCGAAUGAGACCGGUGACGGCGAUAACGGAAAGAUCAAGGUGUUCUAUUAA